AUGCCCACACACUCGGAGGAAGAGAGGCCGUCAAGCAACAUCGAGCCCGGAAGCAAUGGCAGCUCUUCUUCUCCUGUCGGGGAGAUGGGCACGCCAUCUGACAUUUCCCCUCCGUCUCCGGUGCCACCUGGUCAUCAGGUCUGCAAAGGAGAAGAGGACACGACACAGUCGAACGACGUCGUGGUAUGCCGCGGCAAGAAUUGGCGUUAUGUAUCCUUUUUCCAGGGGCCGUGGUUAAAAUUGCCCAUUCAGGUCCUAGAAAUCAUUGCUACCAUAAACUACGACCACCCCCGACCUCGUCCCCUUGACCCAGCUGUUGUGUUUGAUGUCCUGAAGAUUCGCAAAGCAGUCGAUCAGGCAGAUGGCAUCGCCGGAGGAGCUGCCAUUGAUUUGGGUCCUUCGACGCUUGUCAAUGUGGACGGAGGCGCUUCACAUUUCAGCCUCGCACGCCAUCACAAAAAGCUGAGUGGUGAGAGGAAGCUGCGGAUGAGAGAGCAGGCAUGCCAAAAGCUUGCUCAUGCGUAUCGUUUGGACGAGAUAGCUUGUAGUGUUGCAACAAGGCGAACCUCGACUGCUUUGAAAGAAGUCGCUGGCUUGGUGUUGCAACGAAAACGCGAUGACCUUCACGCCAAAUAUGUUUACUUUUUCCAUGAAAAGAUAGCGCCGGGGCAACUGGUUGACACAACAAGCCUUUCGUCCUUGAACGACAUAAUUGAGUCGGCGCAUGACCAGGCAGAAGUCCUUCGCACUCGGGCACUGGCCAAAGUUCUCUUGGAUGAUCUCGAUGGCGCUAUGCAAGAUCUGACAAGGGCGCUGGACCUGCAGGGGCAUCGUCUUCGCCCCCGUGGACUGGGAAGGAUACGCGGCACUGUGGUGCCAGAGGAGGACCAGCCCAGCGGCCUCUCUGCACAGUUGCUCUUCCACCGAGCUUCGGUACAAAUCCUGAUGGCUUGUCGAUAUGUCGAUCCGAGCAUCGGCCCCUCGCCGCCUCAGGAGCCUCCAGGUGGAGAUGAAGAUGCGAAUGCAACGCCUGGGGAUGUUGUCGAGACACAAGAGGUGUCAAGUGAACAGCUUGAAAACCGAAGGCGCGUGAAGAAGCUGGCUAGACGGGCAUUGAACGACUACACAUGCUUUCUCUCCUGUUUCGACUACUCCCCGAACGUACCAAAAGCGGCCGACUCCGAGUUUAACGCACGCGUCGCACAAGCAGUGAAUAGUGAUCGCAAGCCGUACAGACCUUUCGAAACCGGCAGCGCCUCUGGGGAGCACACGUACCCCGUAUCUCGCCUCUUUGCAGCUGUGUCACCUCAAGAUCUCCCUCCCCACCCAUUCCUAGAAAUCGGGGAAAGGGUUGGGAUCAAGACCACGGCGCAAAUUGGCCAAGAGCCUACGACAAGCGAGAAAGUCACGUAUCAUCCCCUCCUGGCUGAAGCCCUGCACGCCUUACUCCUCUGCCACUGUCUCCUGCAAACGUCGGUCAAGGAACUGCAGCGCCACGCCCAAAUGGUUGCUCGUCUGAUGCGAAUAUCCGACGGCUUUCCUGUAUUUCGCGCCACCACAUCUCCAGCUCAAUACGACUGGGUAGAAGUCCUCCGCCGGACAACGAGCUCGCUCCCUCUGGGGCCGCACUGGGAAAUCCUCUGCACACCCGCAUUCGUGGGUGCCGAUGCAGCGCACCGCGCCCUAGCGUCUGCCGUCACAUCUCUGAUAAGACGAGACGGUGCGGGAACAUGCUCGCCAGACGAUGAGAGACGUGGGCUCUCCGGGGCCUCGUCUCAAACGAGUAUCAGUGAGCCCCUGGGUGACCUUGUCCUCGUAGCACCACCCACACCAACAUUCAAGUGUGACUUGUGUUUACCCCGGGAUCCGAGCCGCGGCGACGCAUGCGAGCACCAUCCGCUGCUGACAGAGAGGGCAGCAGCCAUUGCACGCUGGGUCCUCGAAGUGCCGAUAGUAACGGGCAUGACGAGGAGGAGGAAGCGGUCCAAACGGACGGGCGUCGAGGCCGAUGGGCUGUCGGCCGAGAUGAGCGGGUUGGACACGGUUGGAGAGUGA